CCGGUCUGCUGCUUUCCUGCUAAUCUCUGGAAGACAUCAAUCCAUCAUGGGAGCGUUUAUCGCCAAGAUGUUGCUGCCCACCGUCAGCAGCCUGGUCUUCCUGCCCACCGCCAGCGUGGCCACCAAGAGGGGCUUCCACAUGGAGGCCAUGGUCUACUUCUUCACUAUGUUCUUCACAGCGAUUUACCACGCAUGCGACGGGCCAGGACUCUCCAUCCUCUGCUUCAUGAGAUACGACGUGCUGGAGUACUUCAGUGUUUACGGCACCGCUCUGUCCAUGUGGGUCACACUCAUCGCCUUGGGAGACUUUGACGAACCACAGCGGUCCAGCAUCACCAUGUUCGGAGUCCUGACCAUCGCGGUGAGGAUCUACCAGGACCGGUGGGGCUAUGGGAUCUACUCUGGACCCAUCGGCUCGGCCGUCUUCAUCAUCACCGUCAAAUGGCUGCAGAAGAUGAAGCAACUGCGAGCGGUGUACCCGGAGAAGAGCGUGUACACGCAGCAGGUUGGGCCCGGCUGCUGCUUCGGAGCGCUCGCUCUCAUGCUGCGCUUCUACUUCCAGGAGUGGGACUACGCAUACGUCCACAGCUUCUACCAUCUAUCUCUGGCAGUGUCCUUCGUCCUGUUGCUGCCCAAGAAAAACCGCUAUGCCGGGACUGGCCGGAACGCUGCCAAGCUCAGCUGGUUCACGCUCUGCUGCUGUUCCAUGUCUCCUGGGACUGUAAAGGAGAAGACUGACAAGCCCAAGAAGAAGUCAUCUCGGAGCAUCUGGACCAUCCCCACGGAGAAGCUGUGGACACGAGAUGCCAACACGCCAACGCUACCGCUGUACAACCCGCCGCCCUCCACGCCCAUCAAGGGUCCGAGUGUCAGCAAGCUCAAAGAGAUGAACGGUUGGAAGUGA